AUGGAUAAAUUGGAAUAUAUUUAUUCUAAGUCCGAUAUUGAUAAAAUGAAAGCUGACGCGGAAAAGAAGGAAAUAUUGGACGGCUACAGAGCACAUAUCAAGGAUGUUCGUAACUAUGGUAAUGUGUUUGGUGAAAAGGCUGUUGGCGGUAUUCUUGGCUAUGCUAGUAACGCACAGCUGGAUGCUACUGUAGAUAACACAUAUUACAGCUAUGUUAUUUCCAACAAUUCACAGGUAAACGGCUACGACUAUGUAGGUGGACUUGUAGGUCAGAUUGGCAGUAAUAUCCAUAUAAAUAAGGCAUUUAAUUCUAAUGAAAGUGCAGCAGGUGCAUCUAAUAAUUAUGGCACUACCAGCAGUACAGGCAAUUCUAUUAUCACAGGUAACGCAGAGUCAAUUAAGGAGCAAAUCAAAGAUACCAGUACCUAUGGUCAGGUUAAAGGUCAUAACUAUGUAGGUGGUCUUAUCGGUGGCUCUACAGCUGAUAGUAAAGACAAUAAGAUAAAUAAUGCUUAUAACGCUGCUAAUGUAAUUGCAACUGGCGAUUAUGUAGGUGGUAUAGCAGGCUAUUUCUCUGGUGCGGGCAGCUCUAUUACCAAUGCCUACAAUGGUGACAACAAUACCAUCAUUAGAGAGCUGUUUCCUAUCAUGGAUGGAGAUGGUGCAGGUGUAAGUCAGGGGAAGAAUGAUAUUGGUACAGCGAUUAAAAAUCUUGAUGAUUUGCUUAAUUCCCUUGUGACAAACCAUGUGGGGUUAAAUUCUGAUGAAGACACUCCAGAACGCUAUAUAUUGAAGUAUUAUGACGAGGCUCCAGAGGCGAACAAGGUCGAUAUAAAGAAUAAAAUUGGUGAUUUAAUAUCAUACUAUAGCUUUAAAACCAUAGAUAAUGAAGGUAACAGCAAGUAUUAUUACUACAUCCCUACCGCAGUAGGUGACGGAGCAGACCGCAUGGGUGCAGAGGGUAUCUAUGUAGAUGCCAAUGGUCAGAGAGUAGACGAAGAUAAAAUCAUUGCUAUUGACUUUAAUAGCCGUAUUUAUGCUAUUCGUGAGGCGUACCGAGAUGCUAAUAUAACAGGUAUUUCUAAAGUCGGCGGUUUGGUUGGCGGUUUGGAUAAUGGCGCUGUAAUUGACACUACCUAUAAUGCAGGCAGUGUUACUGGCAAUGCUGUCAGUGUUGGUGCUAUAGCUGGUGAAGUGGCUAAUUCUGCGAAAAUAAAGAACAGUUUUUUUGUAAAGGGUGAUGACAUAAGUACAGGGAAAGCCUUCUCUAAAACAGAUAACCGAGUAGGAGACAGCUCAAAGGGCGGUAUCAUCCAAACCUCUGUGCAAGGUAGUGAAAUAACAAAUCUGCGCAGUGGUAAUGAGAUAAAGCAUGUACUGGAUUCAUCUGAAGCGGCAAAGAAAUUUUUCGAUCCUCAAAGUAUGAACGAUUCUAAAGGAAACCCAAUUUACCAGUUGAAAUAUGGUAGUGAUACACAUUAUCUAUAUCUCAGCGAAAAUGCCUUGAAUGUGGAUGACCCUAAUUCAAGUAUGUCAUCAACGGCUAAAAAAGUCGUUCAGGGUAUUCAGGAAUGUAUGGAAGCGCUAAAGGUUUCUAAAAAAGAAUAUGAUAUCUAUGAGGACAAAGAUAACAGUGAACAAAUUUUUGCUAUCAUCAGGCUUCAAAAGAAAGAUGAAGAAGGACAUGUUGUAAAGGACGAAAACGGCAAGCCAGAAAUAGUAAUCAAAAUAUUUGGCUUGGAUCAGCUAAAGGGAACAGACACCGCCUCCGGAAGUCCUUCUACUCAUCCUGAAACAAAGGAUGAUUUAUUAAAAGCUGAAUAUGGUUUACCUGUGGCUUCAGGUGAUAUCAUAUCAAAUCAGGGUGAUACAUGGACUGUUUAUGGUGGUCAGACUCUGCCUCUUUUGAAUAUUUUCAUGAACAAUGCAGAUAUUGCUCGUGAAUUUGAGUAUGACGGCACUAUUCAUAAUCUGGUAACUGAUGACGUAUCAGGUGUAUAUGGGCGAGCAGACUUCUUGGGCGGUGCUGGUAAAAACGUAUAUACCAAAGGCUACGAAGAAAUGAGUGAUAAUGGUCUUAGCAGUCAUUAUUACUUAGAUAAUUCCAAUAUCUGGGCACCACAGCACGGCCUGCGUGUAAGCCCUACCGCCAGCGUUGUCAUUAAUCCUAUCGGUCUUAAUAUCACCGUAGAGGGCGAAAAAAUCUAUGGCAUGCACAUGCUGCAGGGCUAUUAUGUUUCUGUACCCAUUUAUAACUCCUUGAAGGAAUUAGUUCGCUAUGACUACUAUAAAAUAGGUACUAGAGAAGGCAGCACAAUAGAGGAACAUACAUCUGUUAAGCUGCCCGAUUUAGAGAAGGAAUUUAAAGUUAAGAUUGACGGUGAUAAAAGUAAUAAAGACUUGUGGAAGGAAGAAGACUGGCGAGAAUACAACAACAAGAUAAAGAAUGCGAUUUUGAACAAUCAUCAUUAUGUGGUAACAAUGGACGGCUUUGUAAACAGCGAAACCAUUGAAAGCUCUCUUGGUGGAUUGGUUAAUUUUGUUACAAAUAAUACAGCUGAUAAUCUAAGUGGCAGCAGCUUUAAGGCGGCAUUUGAUGACCAGAAAUUAGGAGUAGCAGAUACUAAUUUCACCUUUAAAUACACCGAUGAAAAUGGUAAUGAGGUUGAGAAAAAGUAUUAUAAUGAGGACUCUGGUGCUUACGAUUUAACAGGCAGCUUGGGCGGUAUCACUGCUCGCUACAAUAACUACAAGAUAAAUUAUGAAGGCUACCUGAAGGUUGAUAAGGCAAGUAUCGCUUACACCUAUGAUGGUGAGCGUGAUUAUGGUGCAGCUAAUGAAGAUGGUACCCAUUCUUGGUAUAUCAAUGGUAUAGAUACUAAUUCGACAGCUUUAAGUGUAAAUGGUCAGCUUAAGGAUUGGGAUGCACUGAAAUUACUGGAAACCAAUCUUAUCAAGGCUCAGAUAUAUGAAGAUGGCAAAAUCCGCAGUGUUACGUUUGAAGAGCUUCGUGAUGAAAUAGGAGCAAUAGAUGUUGAUGUAAAUGGUACAUACACUUUUAAAUUAUCUACUGAUAGAAAAAUAAUCGAUAAAGAUAACAAGAUUGUAAACAUCGAGAAUUUUACCAUCAACAGCGAUAAUUUUAAGAUAAGUGACCGUGGUAAUCUUAUCAUGAUGAGCAGUGAAAAUGAUAAGAUAAAUAUUAGUGCAAAUUACAAUGAUAACGGUACUAUCAAUAGCUAUACUAUUAAAAAUAUAGAAGAUAAUACGGAGCAGACUAUCUAUGUAAAGGAAACAAAGGCAGAAACUGUGCUGUAUACUGAUUUUACUGCUGGUGGUGACAAAAAUGGUGCUGAUUUAUAUACUAAUCCACUGACAACAGGCAGUACAAUUACACAGAAGCUUUUAAAAGCAGGAGCACUGACCUAUGACCCAGGAAGCUCCCAAUAUCUGAUAAAGGAAAGUGCCUUCGAUGAAACAGGAACAUCUAUAACUGGAGUCAAUGGAGCUGGUAAUAUCCUUACUACUAUUACGGCAAAUGGUGAAGAAGGAAAAAAACAUUAUUACGCUUGCAAUACUAGUGGUGAUGGUGUGGGCUUCUGGAUUGAGAAGGGGGCAGGAGAUGAGCCUGAUAAAUUCUAUGAAUAUGUAACUCCAGAGGAUUAUACUAAUAAGAAGGAAUUGUCAGCAGAAUCAAAGCUUCUGUUGGUGAAUUUUGGUGUAAUUAAUGAGGAUUCUAUAACUGGUAAUCAGAAAUUUAAUAACGCUUUUUAUACUCAGGAUGGUUCUAGUAUAGAAUCCUAUGCAAAGGAAUUUGUAAAUAAGGACACUGGCGGUAUUCUGCUGAAAAAUUAUUCAGAUGAUAGCUAUAAUAAUUUUACCAAUUAUGUAGUAUCUGACUAUACAGGAAAAGUAAUCUCUGACCUCUAUCAGAAAACUACUGAAAAUGAAAUUACACUGUACUCUGAUUCUGACCACAAGGAUGAGAUUAAUAGCAGUAAUAAUACCAUGCAAUACAUUGUAGGUAUCGGUACUGCAAAUGAUUUGUACCAUGUACUUACUAAAGAAAAUAAUGAUGGAAAUAGGGUAGUAUCUGACUAUACCCUUAGUUAUUUGGGUACGGAUUUUGAAUUGGUAAAAACAGAUGAUGUCAGUGAGCAAUCUUUCAAAACCUUGCAGAAUACACUGUCUAAUUAUAAUUUUGACUGGCGUAUGGGCGGCACCUAUGGUAUGUUGUCAUCACGAGCAGAUCAAAAAGCUUACGGUACAACUGAUAUUACGGUAAAGGAUAGCUAUGAGACUAUAAAGCCUAUUGAACUGGAAGUAAAUGUCAGCGGAAGCAGGGAUUAUCUCAACACUAUGAAGAAUGACCAGUUUACUGUAUCUAAUGGCGGUGAAGGUCAUACUCUGGUAACUUCUCAGGACAUAAAAGGCGAUGAUAUAACUGGUGCGCAGAAUUUUACAUGGAACUUUGAUUUUGGUAGAGUUGAAGGUACUGGUGAUGAUAAGCAUAUCGUCAAUGGUUUAACAGGUGAUGAUAAUAACCGCAAGGAAACCAUUUUAAGCUUUGACAAUGUAAAGGCACUGACUGAGGCUUUAGAGGGCGAUACUGUAACUAUAACCGUUGAUGAUAAAUCAGAAGAAGUAAAGCGUAUAAAUGCAAAUACCUUUGUUAAACGUGGUACUGAUGGUACUGUAACAGUUUAUAAUUUAACAAAGCAUGAUGAUAAUACAGAAGCUGCCUCAUAUAAGGGUAGUCUGUUUGAUGUAUCACAAAUGUUUGUAGUAAAUAGUGAUACUAAUUUAUUGGAGUUUAAUGGUAAGUAUUAUGAUGUAAGCCAUAAGGAUAAUGACCCAGCUAAAGAAUUAGAUACCAUUAACACUGUAUUCAAAUAUGGCAACAAUCUAGGAAUCUUAAGUAAUGCCAACAAAUACGAUUAUCUGAUAAAAGCUCCUGAGAACAAUGCUUAUACCUUAGAGGUAAAGCCUGUUCAGCUCAGCAUGGAUAUAACCGUAAAUGGCAGCCGCUACUAUGGACAGCAUACCAGUCAGGAUUUCACAGAUACCAAUAGCUAUAAAGUAACAGCCGUAGAUAAAACCAAUAGUGAUACAGGUGCAAUUAAGGUAAUAGAUGGAUUGUACUAUGUUUACGAUGGAGAAAUUAAUCCAGAUACUAAAAAAGCUAAAGGCUGGGUUAAGCUGGCGGAUAAUAUUGCUUUGCAGAAUAAUCUUGGCUAUGAUAAAGAUGGCAAUAAGUUACUUGAUUAUGGUCAGAAAUGGAAUGCAGGUGAAUAUACCAACAGUAAAGCCGAAGGUGUAAAAUUAACAGAUACCUAUGACAAGACAACAGGCAAGCUUGUAAAUGUAAUCAGUAUUCAGGAGAAGGAUGGCUAUACAAAUGGCAUAAGAGGUACAGUAGCUAAAGGUGAUACCGGCAGUAACGGUUCCAUUGCUAAUAACUAUAAUAUCAGUGGUUUAGAUGCAACCUAUGAAAUUAAAAAGGCUGAUUUGUAUUAUACAUUGGCAGGCUAUCGUGAAUAUGGCGAAGCUAAUGAAACAGGUAUUUACCGGUAUGAGCUGUCCGGUAUAGAUAAAAAUAGUGGUGAAGAAAGCGUAAAUGGCUUUUUGAAGAGCUUUGAUGUAGGCUCCGGUGCUGGUAAAAUUAGUUUAUCUAAAAUAGGUGAGAAAUAUAAUUUUGCAUUAGAUGCUGAUAAGUUUAAGAGAAUAUCUGGCAGCAGUUUUGAUUUUACACUAGAAGGAAAUGUUAAGGCUGACACUAAUACUAAUGUAAAAUGGAACGAUGCUAAAACCAGUGUAGAAGGAUAUACUCUGAAAUCUGUUAGUGGUAUAGAGUUUGCAGAUAGUACAUUAGCUAAUAAUUAUAAUUUGGUUCUUUUGGAUAAAGAUACACAUAAUACAGGAAAAUUUUUAGCAACUAAAGUAGAUGGUAGUGGUAACGUAUCGCAGGAGCCUAUAGCUUUUGCAAAUAGCGUAACUGAAAAUAGCGGUAAAUCUGAAAGUGCAUUAUAUAUCACACCUGUAGAGGUACAGCUGUCUGUUCAGGGUCAGCGUUAUUACGGUAAUGCCAUGAAAGAAGUUACUAAGAGCAGUAACUUUACUGUAAAUGCAAACGCAUCAUCUCUCGGAAAUGGUAUAUUUAACGUAACAGCACAACAUAAAGAAGAUGCUAAUACAUUUUUAGCUGCGUUAGGUGUUUCAGAAAAUUAUACAGGUACAACUACAUCAUCUAAGAUAAAUUUUUGGAGUAGUUCCAGUUUACAGACAGCCUAUGGCAAGGAAGCCGAUGACAGCUAUAGUAUUUAUAAGAAAUUAAACUCCAUAGAAAAUAAUGGUACGGACAAAUCUAUAACUAAUGCUACAAAAGUAAAAUUAGAUACUGACGGUAAUGUUACAAGCUAUGAUAUUUCAUAUAAUAUUUCAGAUGAAGCUGAAGUUGCUGGCAGUAAGGUUAAUUUAGCUAAAAAUGCAGGUAAUUAUGUCUUCUAUGACAUAACUGGCAGCAGUCUUACAAUCAAUAAACGCAAGGUAUAUUACACUAUAGAUGGUUCUCGUACUUAUGGCGAAGAAAAUGACACUAGUAUAUAUAAUUUAAGCUUUAGGGACCCAAAAGGAAAUACUGGCUUUGCGGCUGUUGAUAUUGCUAAUAGCGAUGGCAAAUUAACUACAGAUAACAUCGCAGUGAUGAAAGAAGCGUUAGAUAUAACGCUUGGUUUUGAUGCCUAUUCAUCAGCAGGAGAGUAUAAAAGUGGUGAAAUAAUUUCUACAAAAUCAAAAGAUAGCGAUGAAAAAAUUACAGCUAGUGUGACUGCUGAAUAUACAGAUGCUUUCUAUGGUAAAGGCUCUAAAACAGAAAAACCAACCAUGUCAGUCACCGGUCUUAAUAAAAUGUUCUCUUAUGAUAUUAAUGGACAAAGCACUGGAUUAAAGAGUACUAUUAAUAUGGAUAAUUAUGAAAUAAUAGGUACUCAUAACUUUGAUAUUGCAAAACGCGAUAUUGCUUUGGCAACGACAGCUACCCGUACUUAUGGCGAUGAGUUAACUAAAGGAAAUGUUUCUUAUGAGGUUACUGGUAUAGACGGAAAAAUAGGUCUAGUAAAUGAUGAUGAAGUUAUUACUACUAAUAUGAAUACUGUCGAAGUUGGAGAUUUAACUGCUCUUGAUGCUGGCAAAUAUACAGGUACAGUGAAUGAUACUAACAGUAAAAUCAAAACAACCUUCAAUAGCACAAAUAUUGCUACAUCAGAUGCGUUCUCUAAUAACUAUAAUAUUGCUGAAGAAACAUAUACAUUAAAUGUAAAUCAAGCCGAUUUAACUAUUGAUAUUACUGGCUCAAAAACCUAUGGUGAUGGUACUUAUACUACAGGUGAUGGUUAUUCCUUUAAGAUAUCUGGCUUGAAGAAUGGAGAGACGAUAGCAGACCUCUCUAAUAACACUGAUGGUUUAAAGGGCAGUAAAGAUAUAUCUAUUGAUACGACAAUUUUACUCAGUGGUGUUAAACAGGGUGACACUGAUGCAAAUGGCAAUAAAGAGGAUAAUUUAUCAGCAAGAGACGAGGCAUAUACUUCUAGUGAAAGUAAAGGUGUAUCCAUUUCUAAUUUGAAUACAUUGUCUAAAGGAAAAGAUGAUGCUACUGGUGUAAAAACUGGCUUUAAUGCUAACAAUUACAAUAUCACCACUACUAGCUCAUUUACUGUAGGUAAGAAAAAGCUUAUGUAUGAGCUAUCAGGUGUAAAAACCUAUGGUGACACAAGCACUGGUGCUAUUAACUGGACUGCUGGUCUUAUAGAUGGCUAUCGUUUAGCUCAUAUUGAUGUAGGUACAACAGCUGAUUUGGUAUCGCUUGGAGAAGCAAUAUCUACAAAUAUCAUUAGCAGUGUAAAGACAGAUGUAGAUGAAGGUGUUACUGGUAGUAAAAAAUAUGUGUUUGCUGAUACAUAUGAUGGUAUUAAAGAAAGUUCUAGUAUUAUAAAAGAUGAGAAACCAUUAUAUAAUGUUACCACAGAACAUACAGAUAGUAAUACAGAAAAUACAUUUAAUAUUUCUGUAGAAAUGAAUAAAGAUGAGUUUACCAACCUUAUAAAAAAUAAGAGCGGUAAUAGAGUACUCUGCGUUGAUACCACUGCUCUAUAUGGUCAGCAUAUCCUUACCGUUAAUAAGCGUGAUUUAGAACUAAAUACUACAGCGAAAAGAGUAUAUGGAGAUAAGGGAAAUCUUACUGACAUAAAUUAUGAAUUGGCAGAUACAGUAGAUACUUAUGAUAACACUGCUAUUACUCAUGAUUUGAAUGGUGCUGCAUUGUCUACUAUUCUAACCACUAAGGAUAAGGAUAACACUGAUAAUGCUCUUGAUGUAAAGAGAGAUGCAACUAAUGCAGUAACAGCUUACGUAACAAAUGGCGAAAAUGCAGAAAAGUAUAUUACUACCAAAUUGAAAGAUGGAGUAGAUAAUGUAUUCAGUAACUAUAAUAUCGUCCAGAAUACUAAUAGUCUGACUGUAACACCAAAGAAUUUGACUAUCGAGAUUAUUGGUACAAAGACCUAUGGUGACGCAGACGCUGAAAACUAUCAUUUCCGAGUUGAUGGUUUAGUGAAUGAUGAGAAGAUAGGAGCAGAGCUUGGUAAUUAUACUGGUGAAACUGGUAGAACUGCUACUGAUUUACAUGUAAGUAACACAAUAAGUGAUAGUGACAUUGAGGGCUAUAAUUCAGGCAGUUAUUUGGAUGCAGGUAAGUAUACUCACGAUGCAACUAAUGGUGGUACAAAGACUCAUGGCGGAAACUUGGUUAUUGAUAGUGAUAAAUUGUUUAAUGAUUUGUCUGUAGGCAAGGAUAGUGCCGAUACUGUGACUGCUGGUUUUAAUGCCAAUAAUUACAAUAUCACUCAGAAAUACCAAUUCACUGUCACACCAAAGACUUUGGAUAUGACUAUUUCUGGUAGUCAUACCUAUGGCGAUACUACUGUUAAUACAGAUAGUGGACAAAUGAUUACAGAUGGCAGUCAUUUCUAUGGAGCUGUGAAAGGUAAUUACACAUCAGGCUUAACCAUUGAUACUCCUAAUGACGAUCCUAACUUGAAAACAUGGCUUACUAAUUUAGGUAGUACUAAUGCUGGCUUUAAGGCUUCCAAUUAUCAGCUUAACAAAGAACAUAUUUUUACAAAAUAUACCGUAGAUAAGGCUAAGCUGAAUGUAUAUAUAGUGGGUCAAAAGCUUUAUGGUGAGGAGUCAGGCUCCAGCAGUAAUUCGUCGACCAAGCUGACUGAUAACGGAUUGCAGUAUAAGUUUGCCAUUGCUGGUCUUAAAAAUGAUGAGCAGGUGGGAACUGGUACAUCCAUAGAUAGUGAAGGUCUUACAGCAGAUUCUAUUAUUGCAGCGAUGUACAACGGUGCUGUGGGUGGACAUAUUGCGAAUAUGGACGUUAUCAACAAUGCAAAGGAUAACGAUAUUGAUACCAAUUAUAACAGCGGUAAAUUCUUAAAUGCUACUGUAAAGCAUAGUGCAGAUGGCAGUAAGGAAGAUACUCCUUAUGUCAAGGAUGCUGAUGACAAGCGUACCUUGAAUAUCACCGUACAGGCAAAUCGUGAAUAUGGUGCUUUGAAUGAUGACGGUACUAAUGCCAAUAAGUACAGCUAUACAACAUCAGAUAUCGUAGGUGAUGAACAUGCGCCAGAUAUGCUGUUGUUCAAGGAAAUUACAAGUGGAGCUGUUACUACAGAUAAUAGUGCAUGGAAUCUCAGCACUGGCACCUAUGGCUAUAAUGAAGGAAAUACAGACAAAAAGAGUAUGGCUUUGCAGCAAGACACAGAUGGUUAUUUCACUUCUGGCGAGUACCUUAAUACCAGAUGGAAUAAUACUGAGGCUAUAACAAAGCUGUAUGAUAAUUAUGUUAUUCCUACCUUUACAGAAAAGCUUGUUAUUGACAAAGCAAAGCUGUAUAUCAAUAUAACUGGCAAUAAAAUUUAUGGUCUUGUCCAUAGACAGUAUAGCUUUGAUAUUAGCGGUUUGGCACACAAGGAUGGAGUAUGGGAUACCAUAGGCAAUUUUACAGAUGGAACUAAUUUGCAGGAUGUCAAUGGCGUAUUUUAUUUGACCAAUAAUCUUAAAAAUGCAAGUGGCAGAGAAUUAAUAUCCCACACUAUUUCUAGCGAAAGUGGUGGAACAGACACGACAAUCUACCAGGCAAACUUAAAUUAUAAUCCAGAUGGCUAUAGCAGUGAUUCAGACGGUAAUAAUCUGAUAAAGAUUAGCAAUUUAGCUUCUGUAUUUAAAAGUGCAAAUGGUGAGGCUUUAGACAAAAAUUAUGAGAUUAUCAACAGUAGUUUCUAUAAUGUGGCUAAACGUCGUGUAAAUAUCGGUGUUACUGCAACACGAGACUAUGGCUCCCAUGACUUGCGGGAUAUAAGCUGUGGUAUUGAGGAGCAGAAUAUUGAUACAUCUACAGGUAUAAUGUCAUUUGAAUAUGGCUACUCAGAUGUUAUGGCUGGUAAUUUAUCAACUCCAGCUGUAACAGACAAUACUAGUAUCUCUCUUGAUGUGGGAACUCAUUCUGUUACAGGAAGUGACUUAGUUGCAGAGUUCGACUAUGAUGAUACCAAUAAGGAUUUAGGUGAUACACUGCUUGAAAAUUAUGUUGUUAAUAAAGACAGCCACGUUCUGCAUGUAAACCCAGUGGAUCUUAAUGUAACCAUAAAAGGCAAAAAGACCUAUGGUGGUGAAGCAAGCUACGAGUAUACCUUCAGUGGUCUGCAGAAUGGUGAAACCAUUGCAGGAAUUGAUAAUGACGCUGUUUAUAACACAGAUAUUUAUCUUGAUGUAGGAAAUUAUACAUCUGACAGUGUAUCUAUACUAAAUAAGUUUGACAGUGUUAAAAUCUCUAACUGGGAUGGUUUGUCAACAACAGACAGCACCUCUGUAGCAGGCUUCAACGCUAAAAAUUACAACAUCAUCACCAGCUACGAUUUCACUGUUGAUAAGGCAAAGGCUAAUAUCAAUAUCACUGGUUCUAAAACCUAUGGUGAAGAUACUCAAAGCAAAGGCUAUACUAUUUCUCUUGGUUUGAAAAAUGGUGAAACAGCAGGUCAGUCACAGUGGGUAUCUGAUGUUGAGGUUAAUACUUCUGAGAUGUUUGAUGAUGAUAUUGGCAGUGAUGGUGAAGGUAUAGCCUAUAAUUCUGGGAAAUAUCUUGAUGCUGACAAAUAUGAUAAUAAAUUAGGUAUCAAUGCUUCAGAUGUGGUUGAUGAAAUUAACAGUAAGACUGAGCUAAAGAACAACGAUACUGGCUUUAAGACCUCUAACUAUGAUUUUUCAACUAAAACUAGUGAAUAUAUUGUAAAUAAAAAGGAUUUGACUAUCGGUAUCACUGGUAAUAAAACCUAUGGCGAUGCGACUACUUACAAUAUGAGCGGUUAUAGUGCUGAAAUUACAGGUCUGGUGGGUGAUGAAAACAUCAACCUGUUAGGUAAUUCUAGUGCGGUUGUUACUAAUGAGGCAAGUGAUGGCAAGGAUGGCAAUGGUCUUCGUGAUACAUAUCUUGAUGCAGGUAUUUACAAAAACACUAUAAAAAUAUCUGAUGAUGUAUUAAAUGACAAUGCACAGAAUACCUUUAAAACAUCUAAUUACAAGAUCACUCAGAACAGUGUCUAUACUGUAGGCAAAAAGGACAUGGUACUUACCACAGCUGGCAAGCGUACCUAUGGUGUGGCUGCUGGCAAGGAUGUAUCUACUGUAAAUGAUGGUAUAGUGUAUUCAUAUUCAACAGAUGGUCUGUUAGCUGAUGAUGUGGCUGUAUUUGAAGCAUCUAAGAAAUCAACGAAUAAUACCACUGUUGCAACCACAGCAGCAGGAAAAUACGGUACAGAAAAUGGUGGUGAGCAGGUACUUACAACUACUAUCAAUGAUAAUUCUGCUGCCAAUAGUAUCACUAAAAAUUACAAUAUCAAGGCUAAAGAUGAUUUUACUAUUGAUAAGGCAAAAUUAAGUGUAGCUGUUGAAGGAAACAAGGUAUAUGGUUCUGAUUUGGUGAAAUACAACAUCAAUAUUGAUGGCUUGCGUAAUGGCGAAACCGUCGGCAGUGAUAUUGUAAAUAAUGCAGUAGAUUCUGACAUAGACGGUUAUAACAGGGGUGUAUUCCUUGAUGCAGGCAGAUAUGGUGACAUUUCUGCAGAGGACACUCAUGACAGCAAUUCUAAAUUGUUGAAUUUAACUGGUUUGUGGAAGAAGGAUACUGGCAGUGGCUAUGACCUCAAUAAUUAUGAGGUUGUCAGCUACAGGGACCAGCUUAAUGUAGCGAAAGCAUCGCUUAGUAUUGAUAUUUCAGGUGAAAAAAUCAGUGGAGAAGAGACCUCUGCCAAGUUCAAGGAUUAUGAUGUUACUAUAAGCGGUCUGCAAAAUGGCGAAACUAUUUUGACUUGA